AUGGCUAAAGCAGCUGCAGCUCCUGGUGCUGGUCGAAAGACUGCUACUCCCCGCCCUUCUAUCCGCAAGAUUUUUGGAAUCGGUCGACAAAUUUUCUGGGCAUCAUUCUUCAUUCUCUGGUUCUGCAUCGACGUCGCGGAGCUCGGUCUCGUAUCGCAACAAAUUCACAAAUACGGUCGUGAAACAGCCGACUGGCCUACCGGAGAGUUCUACCAUGCAAUAGGCUUACUUCUCUUCAGCACUAUCAUUGGUCUUCUAUUUUGUAUCUUCCAUUGGGCUGUAGGGCUCUCUUUAUACCUUCCGAUCUUCCUGGCGUUUGGGGUUUGGUGGGGUACGGGUGCCGGUAUCAUAGAAGCCACACCUUUCGGUCACGGUCUUCAGUGCAAACACAUCUCCGACUCAAGUCGGUUCCCCGCUAAUUGGGUACCAUUCCUCGGUGAAUGCUCAAGAGUAACUGCUAUUGAAGGUCUUGCUUGGGCUAUGUUCGCCCUCUCUGUGAUCGGUCUCUUCUUCACCUUUAUUGACAAAUUCAAUUUCACCUCGAAACGAUCUGACGUGUACGAAUCUUACGCCGAAGAGGGUCACGCUCAGAUCCCCGAUGACAAGCAAUAG